AUGGCGACAGCCUUUGGUGCCCCUGCACCGCUCCCGGGGCAGCCAGGCUUUCGGGCGAGGCCUUCCGAGUCCAUGGCUCGAGAAACUGCGGAGAUGGAGGAGCGUCUCUCCCGGCUCAAGACGGAUCUUGCAGUCGAGGCGGAGAUGAGGGAGGCCGCGGGGCCGAGAGCGGGAGGCGCUCGAUGGCGAAGCGCAAGAAUCGACCGGGGAUCCGUGCGCGCGUACGCGAAAGACGUCAAGAUCCGCCACAAGCAGCAGCUGCAGAAACGCCCACCGCAUGGGAUCUUCGCCAACAAGUCAGCUGAGCAGCGUGUUCGUCCGAGCCCGGCCUUCGCGAGCAAGGAAGUCACCCGAUGGGGUGUAGGGGACACGCUGGGGUGGCUCGACAGUCUUGGGCUCGAAAAGUACAGAAGCGUGUUUCAGCAGAACGAGAUUUCGGGGACGAUCUUGCUGGAGGUAGGGCUGGACGAUCUCGACUACAUGGACGUACGCGUCUUGGCCCACCGCAAGCGCAUCCUAAAAGGCAUCGAGGAUCUCAGGAGGGGCGGCCGAAAGAAGAGGGCAUUGGAUGCUAACAUGCCACCACCCCCGGCCCCGGCGUUGGAGCUGCUGCCAAACCAAACCACCAGUAGUACACGUGUGAACAGGGACGAGAAGGGCCCACGGGGGGAAGGGAUAGGAGAAGGAGGGGCAGCAGCAGAAACGACAUCGCAAAUUGCUCCAGAAGACUGUGGCGGAGUCGGCCGCCGAUACUCACCCCUCAGCGGAGGAAAUAAGCAACACUGGUCUACGAUCAAGCCAUUGUCGGAAAACCAAAGGGAUGGUGGCGGACUAUCACCAACAGCAGACAAUCUUGCCGACGGACAGUACGACGAAUCCGCUGCGAGCUCCAGCUUUAAAGAUGCCGUAGCAGAGUGGCGUGGAGAAGGAAAAUACUCGACGACAACGUCGGCAACAGAGGGCCGCGCUUCCUCUUUGCAUCGACCCGCCGUGGUUGGCCGUGCCCCCUUAGCUGGAAUGCCUUCUGCAGCUGAAGAAGAAAAGUAUGAAGAUAUGCAGUUGGUGUUCAAUGCCAAACCGGCUAGACCAGGACUGUUGGGGGGACGAGAAGGAGGAAGAGCAGGCAUGGGGGAAGAGACAGAGUGCUGGGUUAAUCCUUUCUCUUCUCCACGGAUAGGCGUGAAGGGGGACAACUCUCAGUUGGUAGACCUCGGUCAUGAACCGGGAGUUUCUUCCCAUGGUACGGAGACGUUGACGGUGGCAGGUUCCAAGCAACAACAGGGGGUGCGGGAAAAGGGGCACGACCCGGCCCUUGCUCUUGACGAAGAAGCCGAACACGAGGCGUUCCGAAAGGCUGUGGCGGAGUGGAACCGCGGGAAAAACACCGGAGUCACGGCCGAUGGCAGCGGCGUCCGGGAUGGCAGUGCCUCUGGUCGUGGGAUUGGGGGCAUCAGUUCUGCUCAAACAGCGACAGAGGUGGAGAUUCCUAGCAGGCGAACGGCGGAAGCGAUGGCAGAGGAGCUGCGGAAGCAGAUGGACGCCGAGCACUGUUCGCAGGCGAAGGAGCUCGAAGAAGAGAAGAGAGCGUUGCUCGAGGGCUUGGAACGUUCACGAGAAGGGGAGACAAAGGGCGACCAACUUGAGCUGGGCGCACCCGACGGGGGAACGGAGGUGGAAGAGCAGGAUGACGACGCAAGUUGGCGCGAACGGGAGGAUGCUAGAAGUGUAGGACCGUCUUCCGUCUGCUCGUCAACAGGGCGAAGCAGCGGCUCUGAUCGCCAGGACGCGGAGGCGGAAAAUAUUGGAUGCGGUGGUCAUGACAGCAGUGGUGUCGAAAUUGAGGUGGUGGAGUCGGUGCUUGGAGCCGACUUGUCGAUUGAGGGUGGGGUGAGCUACGUCGUUGAUGAAUGUGAUAGCGGCGAUGAGCCACACUUUUGA